GUGCCAGGUGCGCCAAAUGGAAGAUCCUGCUGCUGUCUACAGUGAAUUAAUGGAUCUAAUUGUAAAACUUGCCAACCAUGGCUUGAUUCAUGGUGAUUUCAAUGAAUUUAAUCUCAUACUGGAUAAUGAUGACCAUGUCACCAUGAUUGACUUUCCUCAGAUGAUCUCAACAUCACAUGCAAAUGCUGAAUGGUAUUUUGAGAGAGAUGUUAGCUGUAUUAAGGAGUUCUUUAAGAAACGCUUCAACUACGAGAGUGAGCUUUUCCCAGCAUUCAAAGACAUCAGGAGAGAGUGUUCACUUGAUAGGGAGAUUGCUGCCAGUGGCUAUACCAAAGAAAUGCAGGAAGAUGAUGAAGUUUACCCACCCGGUUCUGAUGAGAAUGAUACCUCUCUUGUAUUAUCAGAAUUUGUAGAAGAUGCUGAGAAUAUGCUCAACUUCUUCAGCAAAGAUAAAGAAAACAAUGCAGACUUCAUGUGUGAAGUGGGUGAUUUCUCUGAAAGCAGAACCUCUAGCAACUUCAUGUGCAGCAAUGAAGAGGCUGAUGCAACUGAAAGUAGUGAAAAUACACAAAAGCUGAAUAUGGCAAAUUUAAGUUCAGCCUUAGAAAAAGUUGAAGGGCAAGCUAUGCUUUGGAAUUCUGGUGAAGAUGCAGAGAGUUCUGAAGUUCUGUUGUUUAAGGGCAAAGGUGUAACUGAAAAUGCUGCUGAAGUUGAAAAUCAGACAGGUCAAAGAGGGUGCUGUGAUGAUAAGGAGAAUGAAGACAAAUGCCCUGAUCUGGUUGACUUGUCAACUUCAGAUGAGAAAUUCAGGCAUUCCAGAAACAAAGAGAGCAUCGUUCAUAUUGCUGAGCCCAGAACAAGGACUAAAAGUAUCACGUCAGUCAGAAGUCUUGGGAGCUGUUCAACAAUUCCAGCGGAGCUGGUGAAACAGAAAAUAAGACGUCAACUGACCAAACAUCAAAAGUCUGCCCUGAGACAGCGGCUGCAAAAAGGAGAGGCAAACAUUUACACCAAACAGCGUCAAGAAAAUAUGCACAACAUUAAGUCAAGCUUGGAUGCAGCUAGUUUUUGGGGCUAA